CGUUGCGAGAAUCGUUGCGAAGCGUUUGCUGCGACUGCGUCCAAGUUUAAUUGCGAAUUUCCUGUAUUUCUCGCAACGUAACACAGUUUAUUAAAGUUUUAACCAAUAUUUACAUAGUAAAUACUUAAAUGGCUGACAAAAAAGUGACCCCGCCGCUGGGCGCGUACCCUCAACCGCAGCCCCCUCAGGGCCCCUUCCUGCCGGCACCACCGCAUCAGGCCGCGCCACAAUAUGGAGUGGCUGGUGGAUCCCCGUACGGCGUGACGUUUGGCGGCGCCGGAGCGGGCGCGGGCGGAGUGUAUGCCCCGCCUCCGUAUGAACAGCUGCAGCACCACCAGGCCAUACCUGCGCUCAGCCAGCAACUGCCGAUGUACAGCCCAGCAGCGGCUAUGUACGCGGCGGCGGCCGGCUACCCCGGCUACAUCGGCUACCCCGUGCAGUACUACCCGUACUACCCCACCGCCGUGCAGCCCUCCAUACAACCACUGCGGCCCACCAUCAUGAUCCCCAAUGGGUUUGAGGCGGGCGGUAGGUUCGAGGGCCUGGCGCAGACGUUGCUGCCGCCCGCGCCGCCCGGCGUGCCGCCGUCCCCCGCCCACCUGGCCGCCAUACAGCCCCACCAAGUGCUGUGGCGCUAGAUAAGGCCGCGGUAGCUAGCCCGACGUUGGAGAUCGCACGCCCGCAAUACUAAAUGCCUUACCUCAGUGAGUGAACACUACCUCACUCACUCACCAACUCACUCAGUGAGGCGACUGGUUACUCAUUCUCCUUCUUUCAUUCACUUGUUUAAAAUCACUGAUUAGAAGUUUUUUAUCUAGAUCUUAAUAAAAGAUGUUUUCUAAUU